AUUGGCUGCAAUGCCGUCAGCUGGGCCCCUGCUGUGGUACCUGGAAGCCUCAUAGACCAGCCAUCUGGGCAGAAGCCCAACUACAUCAAGAAGUUUGCAUCAGGCGGCUGUGACAACCUCAUCAAACUGUGGAAGGAGGAAGAGGACGGCCAGUGGAAGGAAGAGCAGAAGUUGGAAGCGCACAGUGACUGGGUUCGAGAUGUGGCCUGGGCCCCCUCCAUCGGCCUGCCCACCAGCACCAUCGCCAGCUGCUCCCAGGAUGGUCGAGUGUUCAUUUGGACCUGUGAUGAUGCCUCGGGCAAUGCGUGGUCCCCCAAACUGCUGCACAAGUUCAAUGAUGUUGUAUGGCAUGUGAGCUGGUCCAUCACAGCCAACAUCCUUGCUGUCUCAGGCGGAGAUAAUAAGGUGACCCUGUGGAAGGAGUCGGUUGACGGGCAGUGGGUGUGCAUCAGUGAUGUCAACAAGGGCCAGGGUUCUGUGUCCACUUCAGUCACAGAGGGUCAGCAGAACGAGCAGUGA